UUUUCUUCGGUUCCAACCAUUCUUUUCCUUUGAUUUCCUGGAAAUGAAUUGAGCACGAGGACGAAUCAAUUGACCACAAAGACGAAAAUCAGAGGACCAAGAGGAGGAGAAAUCUGCCGCUGCUGCUAUGGAGCACUGAAGCACCGACUAAAGCCACUACUGCCGCUAAUUAGCAUCGAUGAAACCAUCGCCACCGCUAAUUCGCGCCAGCAAAGCCACCACCGCUACUAAUGAGUUCUAUCGCUGCCGUCACCACCCUUUUCUACCUCUUUCGUUCAGCCACCACCACAUAAGGAUGGUUCGAAAGAUGUAAAUGAAAGCAGUAAAAAAUGAGCCGCAAUCACUGCUCUCUACGAGUUGCCGGUUCUCCUUUGACUAAUCGCAUAAUCCUUAUCUUUCUCCUUCAAAUCCAAAAUAGCGUCCAUUUGAUUUGCACUUCAACUCUCCAAAUUCUUCUCAGGUAUUAGUUAUCGAUAUUAUCUCUAUCCACAAGUGCAUCGCUAACAUCUCGCAUAUUAUAAACACACACACACUUCUCUCUGAAACCCAUGGUCACAUUGGCAAAGCUAAAUUACUCACCCAUGGUCGCACACUCUACCUUAACUCUGUGUACCAUGUCCCACACCUUAAGUAUAAUUUAUUGUCUAUUCAAAAAUUGUGUGCGAAUAAUGGUUGUCAAGUGGUUUUUGAUAAAAAUUAUUUUUCUGUCAAGGACAAUCAAAAGGGGGAUCUACUUCUUCAGGCUUCCAAUAAAGACCAUAUUUACCCAUUUUCUGCUUUUCAAGCCCAAGUAGUACCUGGCCCGGUUUGGCACAAACGUUUAGGGCAUUGUGGUGACCGAGUUCUCUGCACUCUUAGGCGAAAUAAUUUUAUUUCAUGUUCUUCGUCUUUUCUUCACAAUUGUGUUUCUUGUAAGUUGGGAAAAUCCCACAGAUUACCGUUUAAAGAUGUUACUCAUGACUCUACUUUUCUUUUGCAAAUUAUUCAUUCGGAUGUUUGGCAAUCGCCUAUUUUAUCUAAUCUAGGUUACAAGUAUUAUGUUUCCUUUAUUGAUGAUUUUUUUCGUUAUACUUGGAUCUAUCCCAUGCGUAGAAAAUCUGAAGUUUUUACUCAUUUUUUAAAUUUUCAAACUCUGGUUGAAAAUCUUUUAAAUCAUAAAAUUAAAAUUUUUCAGAGUGAUGGGGCUGGUGAAUUUGACAAUUCUAUGUUUCACCAACAUUUUUUAAAAUCUGGAAUUUUAUUUAGAAAGUCUUGCCCGGACACUCCGGCUCAAAAUGGUGUGGCAGAACGGAAACAUAAACAUCUAUUUGAAUUAACUAGGACUGUGUUGAUAGAUUCUUCUAUUCCUGGGAAUUUUUGGGUAGAUUCCCUUUAUACAGCUACGUUAAUUAUAAACCGCCUACCCACACCUAUUUUGAAUGGACUCACUCCUUACGAAAAACUUUUUAAUAAAAUUCCAGAUUACAAUUUUUUGCGUGUGUUUGAUUGUUCAUGUUUUUCUAAUUUUAUUGCUGCCUCACACAAUAAACUCUCACCACGCUCCAUACAUUGUGUCUUUCUUGAGUAUGCUCCUGGCUAUAAAGGGUAUCGAUGUUUUUCACCGGGUUGUGUUAAUGUCAGUAGGGAUGUAAUUUCUAUGAAAAUGAUUUUCCAUAUUUGACUUUAGUCAACAAACCCAUCCCACCGGCCUCCGGCCUCAGCUCCUCCUGGCUAUCUACCUCGGUUCGACCUGACCAUCAAAACACCCCUGCUUUGCCGUCAUCACCAACAACCCAUACCACCCCAUUAUCUCCUUCGGCCAGUCCAGUUUUACCACCGUCAUCCCCACCUGCUUCCCAACACUAACUCCUCCUCCCAGACCAGUCCAACACCAACUCAUUCUCCCAGACCAGUCCCCCCAGUUCUCCUUCGCCCAACACCAACUCAUUCUUCCAGACCAGCCCCCUAGUUCUCAUUCGCCCGAGCCGUCCCCAAUUCCUGUUCCCAGUCCGAGCUCCUUGUCCUUGACACCUACUGUUCCAAGACCCAACGUCCACCCUAUGCAAACAUGUGCUAAGACCGGCAUUUUUAAACCAAAAACAAUCUUUACGUUGAGCGUCUUUUCUCCCCCAGAUGAUCCCACUUGCUUCACACAGGCAAAUAAAAAUGUUGUUUGGCGAGCUGCCAUGGCGGAUGAAUUUAAUGCUUUAAUUGCUAACAAAACAUGGGAUUGAGUGCCUUGGGACCAUACAAAAAAUGUGGUUGGUUGUAAGUGGAUUUAUAAGACAAAAUAUUUUUCUGAUGGGUCUGUUGAGCGCCAUAAAGCUCACCUUGUUGCUCAGGGUUUUAAACAACAGGCUGGUAUUGAUUUUACAGAAACUUUUAGUCCUGAUGAUAAACUUCGUCUUGUUCUAUUUGUUGUUGUGUCAUUUGGUUGGUCUGUUCGUCAACUUGAUGUGAAAAAUGCUUUCCUACAUGGUUACCUGACUGAGGAUGUUUAUAUGCAUCAACCUCCGGGUUUUGUUCAUCCAUCCUUUCGUAACAAUGUGUGUCGUCUCAGGAAAUCACUUUAUGGCCUUAAACAGACUCCUCGUGCAUGGUUUCACAGAUUUAGUGGUUUCUUACUCAGUCAGGGUUUUACUCAGAGUAAAUCUGAUUCCUCCAUGUUCAUAUAUCGCUCCCAGUCCCAGGUGGUGUACAUUCUAUUAUAUGUUGAUGAUAUAUUAAUUACAGGGUCUUCUGUGUCUUUUGUUCAGUCUAUUAUUAACAUCCUGUCUCUCCAAUUUGCAAUGAAAGAUUUGGGGGACAUUCAUUAUUUUUUGGGGAUUCAGGCAAAUCGCACGCCCAAGGGCCUAUUUCUUUCUCAGGCUAAGUACAUCUUUGAUUAUGUUGUGUCGUUUUCAUCUCCAUACUGUUAAGCCUGUACGUACACCACUUCCCUCUCGCACUACACUCUCUCUCACAGAUGGGGAACUCUUAAGUGAUGUUACUGAGUACCGUAGUAUGGUGGGUGCUUUACAUUACAUAUGAUGUUCAUCUGGUAUCUCAGUUUAUGCAUUUACCACGCACCUCACAUCUGUUAGCUGUCAAAAGAAUUUACAGGUAUUUGCAGGGCACUUCCACUCAUGGACUAUGGUUGCGUUCCGACAAGCAGAUCUCUGUUAAUGUAGCAUAUUCUGAUGCUGAUUGGGCAGGCUGUCCGGACAGUUCUCGCUCAACCACUGGUUAUGCCGUAUUUUUGGGGAACAAUUUGAUUUCUUGGCGCUCAAAGAAGCAACCCACAGUGUCAAAAUCCUCCACCGAAGCUGAGUACCGAGCUAUAGCACAUACUGUCCAAGAUACCAUUUUUAUUCGCUCUUUACUCGCAGAUAUGGGCAUCUUUAUCUCUAAACCAGUUCAGCUGCAUUGUGAUAACGUCUCUGCUUCUUACCUGGCUGUGAAUCCCAUUCCGCAUGAUCACAGCAAACAUAUUAAAAUUGAUUAUCAUUUUGUUCGUGAGCGCGUGGCACAUGGUGAUCUUCAAGUGAAAUACAUUCCAACCCAGUUUCAGCUAGCAGAUAUUUUUACUAAAAAUUUAUCUAGUCAACGUUUUGAAUUUUUACGUUCCAAUCUGCGCGUUAUUUCCCCUGCACAGAUUGAGGGGAUGUAAUAAUGUAAGUCUAAGGACUUCUAUGUAAACACUUAAACUCUUGGUUUUAGUAUAAAUACAUCAUCAAGGCUCCCUAAGGGGCAAGCCAUUAUUUCCC